UUGCACAUAAACAGCAUAUAUUACUGAUGUUCCCUUAUGGAGCAAAAACUAGUAAUACUUUUUAAUAAUCCAACAUCUCAUCUCUGUAACCUUGUGUUACUACUACUUGUUAUGUUGUUGUCUACACCUUCUUCUUCUUCUUCUUUCGACCUCUCCUUAAACUUCUAUGCAGCUUCGUGCCCAACAGCUGAAAUGAUGGUUAAAAACACAGUUAGAUCAGCUUCCUCUUUCGACCCAACGCUCCCCGGAAAGCUUCUUCGCUUGCUCUUCCAUGACUGCUUCGUCCAGGGUUGUGAUGCAUCUGUGCUUAUACAAGGAAAUGGGACGGAGAGAAGUGAUCCGGCAAACGCAUCUCUCGGAGGAUAUUCAGUAAUAGAUUCUGCCAAAAGAGUGCUCGAAAUAUUUUGUCCAGGCGUUGUUUCUUGUGCUGAUAUUCUUGCUUUGGCUGCAAGAGAUGCUGUUCAAUUAACCGGUGGACCAGCGGUUGAGAUUCCGACGGGGAGGAGAGAUGGGAUGGUAUCUGAAGUUUCGAAUGUGAGGCCAAACAUAGUGGACACAAGCUUCACAUUAGAUGAGAUGAUCAACAUCUUCUCCUCCAAAGGGUUGUCUGUGGAUGAUCUUGUUAUCCUCUCAGGAGCUCACACCAUAGGAUCAGCCCAUUGCAGUGCAUUCAGCGAUAGAUUCAAGGCCGACUCGACCGGAAACCUUAGCCUGAUUGAUGCAACCUUAGACGGACAAUAUGCAGCACAGCUCACAAAACAGUGUCCAGUAGGUGCAAGUGCCUCAGUGACAGUGAACAAUGAUCCAGACACACCUCAGCUCUUUGACAACCAAUACUACAAGGAUCUCUUAGCACACAAAGGCCUCUUCCAAUCCGACUCGGUUCUGGCUAAUGAUGCAAGAACGAGAACCAAAGUUGUGGACUUGGCAAAUGACCAGGGAAUUUUUUUCCAGAGUUGGGCUCAGUCGUUCUUGAAGCUGGUUAGCAUCGAAGUGAAGACAGGUGAUGAAGGGCAGAUUAGGCAAUCUUGUUCAGUCACUAAUAGUGGAUGAAAAAUAUAUAUAUAUAUGGUGACUAAUGACUAUAUGGGGGCAAAAAUAGCAAAAAAUAAUUGUUUGGUUUGGAUUUUUUUACCUAGGUUAUUUUGUUAUUGAAAUAGCAAAAGAUUAAGUAAAUUUACAACAGCAAUUUGCUCCACGGGGAUAUGUACUCGCCCUAUUUAUAGUGAUUUUGGAGAAUUGUUUAGCUUAUUGGGAUGGGAAUAAUUUUUAUUAAUGAAAACUCGUGCGAGUUCGGGGCGGGGGAGGUCACUUCGCCCUGCUCCAUUUAGGUAAGUAAA